GCUGUAUGGCCUAUGCCGCAAACGAUGUCGACAACAAGCUCUUAUUUACGAAUUCGUCCUCAACAGUUUCAAUUUGAGAGCGAUAGUCAAUCCAGUCUACUCCGUCGAGCUUUCCAAAGGUACAUGAAAAUUGCUUUCUUACAACCGUUGCCUCCAAAUGAGCCUGCUGCUGCUGUAGACCCUAGUGCACCAAAGCCUCAUGUCAUCGGUAAUUUAACAUCAUUAUUCUUUCAAAUCGAUAAUCCCAAUACGGAUCUGCGCUUAGGAAUGGACGAAAGUUAUUCACUCUCGAUACGUGCCACUCCUCAACCGGUUGCAUUUGUACAUACCAAAGAGAUAUGGGGUGCUUUACGCGCUCUCGAAACUUUCAGCCAACUGAUUGAUGCUCGAGCGGAUGGCUUUUUCAUUAGUGAAGCCAAAAUCAUCGAUUUCCCUCGCUUUAGUCAUCGUGGGAUAUUGGUUGAUACUGCAAGACAUUACUUAACCAUGGAUACUUUAUUACAACAUUUAGAUGCAAUGGCUUACAACAAAUUUAACGUUCUCCAUUGGCAUAUUGUCGAUGAUCAGUCCUUUCCCUUUGUUUCCUUAACUUUUCCCAACAUGAGUUUGUUCGGCGCUUAUACACAGCGUCAUAUUUAUACCCCGGAGGAUGUCAGUAAAGUUAUUGAGUACGCUCGCGAUCGCGGCAUCCGUGUUAUACCCGAAUUUGAUACACCUGGCCAUGCAUCAUCUUGGAAAAGUAUUCCCAAUCUAUUAACGCCUUGUUAUGGCCCCAAUAACAUACCCAAUGGAAAUUUUGGACCCAUUAAUCCUAUUGUUGAUUCCAAUUACGAAUUUCUAGCCGUUUUUUUCUCCGAGAUUAAGAAAAGAUUCCCUGAUGCUUAUGUCCAUUUAGGUGGUGACGAAGUCAGUUUCAGUUGUUGGGCUAGCAAUCCAGAUAUUCAAGAUUUUAUGGUUCAAAAGGGCUUUGGUAAAAAUUUUGCUCUACUGGAACAAUACUACGAAACUCGUUUAUUACAACUAGUUGAAAAGGUUGGCUUGCGCUAUAUUAUAUGGCAAGAUGUCAUUGAUAAUAAAGUCAAGGUCAAUCCAAAUACUGUGGUACAAGUUUGGAGAUCAUCGCCUAGUUAUAAGAGUGAACUGAAACGUGUAACCUCGCUCAACUUGAAAACAAUCUUGUCGUCUUGUUGGUAUCUUGAUUUAAUUGGCUAUGGUCGCGAUUGGGAAGGCUAUUAUCGUUGCGAUCCACAAAAUUUCAAAGGUACCACGGCUGAGAAGAAUUUAGUUUUUGGCGGUGAAGCUUGUCUAUGGGGAGAGUACGUCGAUUCCACCAACUUUCUGGAAAGGAUGUGGCCGCGUGCUAGCGCUAUUGGCGAAAGAUUAUGGAGCUCUGCCAAAGUCAACAAUGUCGAUGCCGCUUUACCUCGUAUCGACUAUCAUCGCUGUCAACACCAUAUUCGUCGCGGUAUACGUGCUCAACCUGUUAACGGCUACAGUUUUUGUCAAGCGGAAUAUAAUACCGUGAUGAGAUAUAUGAAGAAGGAUGAGCUAUGAUUUCAUCUACAACAACCAAGACACGACCCUUGCCAAGUAGAAAUGGCUUAAAACGAAAUAGCCUAUCCAUCAAAGUGUAAUUCGAAAUGAUGAUACGGUAUAGUCAAGCGAGACGCUUUCCUGCUACCAUGGCUAAAUUCAGUAGGAAAAUUGCCUUUAUGAUUAUCAUUUCUAGCAGAAUAGAAACUCGAUUCGUAUGACUCUAUUGGAUGGUAGUGUCCACAACAGUGAAUCAAUUUAGCUUUUGUAUAGUCCAAAAUUUGACUUCAUAUUCUAAUUUUUAUAUACUGUAUACAUAUAAACAUCAAUAGAUUGAUAUCUCUAUUUGUCUAUUACCUGGAUAAUUUUCAAUGCUGCACUGCUAAUAGAUCGAUUUGAAUCUACUGCAUAAGGUGACACAGAAAAUGGACAGUUGAUUUUGAAUGUAU